UAUCCUGUGAUUGGUCGCAAGGACACUAGAGGCGUAUUUGAUUGCUUGCCUAUUGAGACAUCGGAGAAGGACCACCCUUACCAAUUUGCAUUGUUCAUCCUUGCCUUUGCCACAAUUCAGCAGCAUCCUGAUGCUCCCAAAGUCAUGGAAGAGCCUGCAUGCAUCUUCAUGGAAAUUGCAUCAAUUCACGGAAGGCUCUUCAUUGAAUGGGCAGGCGACUGCAACUUCAAGGACACCUCAUCUGACUAUAGUGCCGCUGACAAGAAAGAUACUAAUCUCAUUUCCACCAGAUUCAGAGGUAUUUGGUCAUUUUCAUUCUCCAUUGUUUUUCCUACUUCAAGUUGGCACCGCCCAUGUAGAUUUUUCAACUUGAAAUACACGUUCUUGAAGUCACCUUAG